CGAGCCCGCAAUGUCGGGCCCCAACGGUGACCUGGGCGUGCCGGUGGAGGCGGGCGCGGAAGGCGAGGACGACGGCUUCGGGGAAGCAGAAUAUGCUGCCAUCAACUCCAUGUUGGACCAGAUCAACUCCUGUCUAGACCACCUAGAGGAGAAGAACGACCACCUCCAUGCCCGCCUCCAGGAGCUGCUUGAGUCCAACCGGCAGACACGCCUUGAGUUCCAGCAGCAGCUCGGGGAGGCCCCUAGUGAUGCCAGUCCCUAGGUUCUGGGAGCCCCCAACCAGCCCAAACCCUGCCUCCCUGGGCUGGGCUCUGGCCUGGGCACUCACCACCUGGCUUAGAUACCUUCUCAAGGGCUGGCCUACAGGUCCCCUGGUGGGGUCUGCCUGCCUCAAGUCACCCUUCCGGUACUCCCCUUGGCAUGCCUGGGCCAGCCCCCACUACCCGACAUCCCCUCCUGGGGUCAGACGUGGGCCCACGACCCACCCACCUAGCCUGCCUGCCCAGUUCCGGGGCACUCCCCACUCUGCCCAGGCCUUGAGCGUCCAUAUUAAACGGGUCUCCAACAGCA